AAGAAAUUGUCCCAAGUCGAUGCUGGUCAUCAGAUAUAUAAACCGCGCGCAAAUUUCAGAUAGGCAUCAUUUGGGAUUUGCACAUCCAGGAGAUAAUCUAAACCACAAAGAUGAAAUUUGUCAUUUUGACUCUUGCUUUGAUUGGUGCCGCUUCAGCCGGUUACAUCGCUCCAUACAGUGGACUCGGUUGGGGACACGCCGUCGCUGCUCCAGCUAUUGCUGCUUACCAUGCUCCAGUUGUCGCUCCAGCUGUAGCUCAUGCCGUUGCUGCCCCAGUCGUUUCUACCUACAAUGUUGCUCCAGUAGUUAAAUCUGUCGUUGCUGCCCCAGUUGUUGCUCACGCUGCCGUCGCUGCUCCAGCUGUUGCUGCCUACCAUGCCCCUGUUGUUUCAACUUAUCAUGCUCCAGCUGUUGUUGCUCAUGGAUACCAUGCUCCAGCUUGGGGAUAUAAUGGUAUCUGGAAGAAGAAGGCUGCUGCCUAAAUUAGAUUUAUGGAUUAGUUUUUAAUAAAGUUUUGCUGCUUCAAA